AUGUAUAUUGUGUUUGUUUAUUAUUUAGUAAGUAUAACAUGUUACUGCCAAGGAGAAGUAUAUAAGGAUUAUAAAGGCUAUAAAUAUUUUGAGAUUGGAGGCAACCAGAAGAAUGUCGAAAGAGUCAUAAAACAUCUAUCCAAAAACGAUGAAUCAUUAAUACACUGGGGAAGCGUAAACUCUUCCCAGAUAAUCCUAGCGCCUCAUUUAAUAUCAGUUUUCAAAGAUGCUGUUGCUAAGGAAAAUUUACAAACAGUGAUACUUCAUAAUGAUGUCUCAGAAAUUAUUAGUAUGGAGAAGGAUAAAUCGAGGCAUAAUACCAAAUUUUCAUGGGAUAACUAUUACGACAUAAAUGAGAUAUACAAAUAUCUGAACGAAACAAGAACAUCUUACAGCAAGUGGACAGAAUUAAUCAUAGGUGGGGAAAGCUAUGAAGGACGAAAGAUUCUCGGUCUACGUAUCAAUACGCCAUAUGAACAAGGACAGAGAGAGACGGGCAAACCUGUCUUUUUCAUUGAGGCCGGGAUCCACGCCCGCGAGUGGAUCGCGCCCGCCGUCGCGACGUACUUCAUCAAUCAACUUCUGACCAGCGACAAACCCGACGUGGCAAGACUGAGGGAUCAGUUUGACUGGCGGAUCUUCCCGACCGUUAAUCCUGAUGGAUAUCAUUACACCCAUAUUGCAGAUAGAUUUUGGAGAAAGACUCGUUCAAAGUCAAAUAAUGGUUGCAGAGGAGCUGAUCCUAAUCGCAAUUGGAAUUAUAACUGGGGACAACACUCAUCGUCUGACAACCCUUGUGAUUACCAGACCUACGCUGGAUCUGAGCCAUUUUCUGAGGUGGAAACCAGGACAUUGGCAUCAUACAUUUCUGGAAUAGACAAUUUGUUAUUCUACGUUUCAUUUCAUUCUUUUGCAACAUUAUUACUAGUCCCGUACUCUGAUUCGACGGAACACGUGGAUAAUUAUGACGAAUUGGUGAGCAUCGGUCAAAAAGCUCUGGAUUACGGGACCAGGGUUAACAAGGAAAGAUAUGAUGGGCCAGGAACAGCUGCGGAGACAUUAUAUAAAGCAUCUGGAGGGAGCAUGGACUGGGUUCGCUAUAAACUGAAUACCAGGCUCGUAUACACUUUCGAAUUAAGAGGCAGUUCCUUCCACUGGCCAGCAUCCAGGAUUUGGGAGCAAGGAGAAGAGGUCACCCAACUUAUGUUGGGCCUUGCUGAUGGUGCUCAAGAAUUGGGCUUCUUUUAAGCAAAAAUAUUAUACUAGGUUUAAUAUUACACACGUGUAUGAAUUCAAAUCUAGCAGAAGAUUGUAAGAACAAUAGUUGCACCAACGCGAAAUAUAUUAGCAAAUCAACAGUUGUACCAUUUUUCAUUAAAUAUUGUAUAAAUAA